CAAUAAAUCUUGAAUUAGAAAAAUUAAAUUUUCGUAAAGCUGGACAAAUCUUAGCUGAAAGAUAGAAUAAAUCAGUUAUUGAUGGAUAUCCAUGUUUUGCUGAAUAUAUUAAUCCACCAGCUACAACAGAUGAUGAACGUCGACAAAUCGAUGUUAAAACUGUUAUGGACGAACUUUUACGACAAAUUUUUGCUGAAGGAGAAGCAGAAGAAGAAUAUGAAUUUCGUAUUCGACAAUCGGAAGAAUAUUAUCAAAAAAAUGCUCGUGCAUCAAGAGAAAAAACUGGAGAACAACCAAAAUAUGAUAUUGAUGAAUAUUGGUGUGCUACACAUGUUUUACAAACACAAUAUACAUUACAAAUAAUUCGUUGUAAUUCAGUUGAAUGUUGUGGACCAUGGCGUUCAAAUUAUCUUGAAAUAUUUCCUCAUCGAUUUUUACCAUCAACUGUACCAUUUGAACGUACACCAUAUGGUGUUAGAAUGGCCGAAAGAGAUUAUCAAAGAGGACAAUUUUAUGGAUCAUUAUUUCAACGAAUUCAAUUUCAUGGUGUUGUUAUGCAACAUACACAGAAUGAAUUGUUACCAUUUGAUUACUGUUGUUCAUCAGUUAAAAAAGAAUUAAAAAAACGUACAUGUAGAAUAUGUAAUCAAUAUAUUCCAUCAGCAUAUCGUAUGAAAAAUCAUUAUAAAAUUCAUGCACAACAUUAUGAUGAUUUUGAUCAUGAUCAAGAAGAUAGAUUACCAGCACCACCAGAAACAACUGAUAUAGCAACAAACUCAAUUGAAAGUCAACAAAUAACAACAGCACCAUCGCAACCACCACCACAACUUGUAUUUAAAACAGAAAUGCUAGAUUGGUUUCGAUCAGAUUUCGAUAAUUUUGAUUUGGGUCCAGCACCAACACAGCUUGCAAGUGAUCGUGUUACACGUUCAAUGGAAAAAUUACGUGUUCAAGAAAAUGAAGAAGAACCUGACAAUAAAGAGUGGGUGCACGUAGAUUAA